AGGAGAGACAAUGAGAAAACACAGCAAAAUCCCGAGUGAGAGCGUGUCCCUACUAGCCAUUUGAUCACCAGCCAUAUUGGACUGAAGGACAACAUGAAUCACCUCCACGUGGGAUCUGGUGAAGCAAGUACCUCCUGCGGCAGCAGCACCAGGGUUUCCAAGAACUGAGUCAUCUGUGUUAAGUUUGAUGAAAGGGUGGGGCGGUCUUGUCCAUUUAAAGUGCUCAACCCUUCUAACACGAUGGAGAGUGGUGCCCUUGGAAGCCCAAAAUUCAGCAGCUUUAUCCACGAUUAAAGCUUCCACGACAGGUAAAGGAAUUUGAUUGAUAGGUUUUUGGUGAUGAAAAAUUGUUGGUUGUUGAAGAAAAUGGAGAAGAGACGACGAUCUCACUCUUGAACAAGACUGAUAAAAUUUGUAGGAUAAUUUUUUUUGGCAUGUAACUUGUUUGAUAAUUAAGCCCCAUCUUCUUCCAUGUAAUUCAUUUUCCUGAGAAAAAUCCUUCCUUUGGAUUUGGAAAAAUUCCCAAUCCGACAUAAAGCUUGUGCUUUUUGGCAAGAAAGCUAUACCCAAAUGGAAGACGCGAAGGUCCUCACAAUCUCGGAGCUAAUCCGCCGUUCUUGCCCCCACACCGCCACCUCUUCUCAAAGCCGUUCGCUUAAACUCUCGUCUUCCAGUUCCGACCGAAGCUCACCUGCUGGUACUGUUGAUUCGAACCCUAACCCUAAAAUCCUAACACCGUUGGAACACCCAGCCCUUCUUAUAGGAACCGUAACACUCCCAACCGUAGCCUUAAAAUGCCCCAACAAAAGCUGCCUCCAGUUCUCCGAUGAUUUAUCCUCGGUAUGCUGUGACAUUCUCGGUCGUGAUUUCCGGGUGAUCGGAACGAAAAUUCGCGUUCUUGCUUGGAAUUUCAUUCCUUUAAAGCAUUUUGGAGGUGGGUUCUUGGAGAUUAUAGAAUGGGCAUUGCUGGAAUCAAGUGGUGGAACCUAUCCUUGUUCGAGCUUAAUGGAUUCCUUUCCGUUGGUUUCGAGUUCUAGUGAAUGCAAAACACAGAAUUUGAAGUCCCGUUAUAGAGUUCAUGGUGCACUAGAAUCAUUAAGUCCUGUUUCAGUUGUUCCAUGUUCAGAUAAAAGUUCUGAUUCCAGCAGCUCAACAAAUCUUCGGGGUUUUCUAGUGAAGGUUUUGGCUUGUGAGUGUAAAUUGUGUCGUUCUGAAGAGUGUGUGACGGUUUUGAACAGAAGGCUGGAUUGCCAUUUUUUUUCCAAGCCUGUGUUUGUAUAUUUUUGUGGCCCUGCUUGGUGUUGGUAUCCUGUGAUCGUGAAGCUUAUUGGUAACGUUGUAACACUUUCAUCUUUGAAGAAGAAGUUGAUUUUCAUAGGGGGGAAGGAGUCUGAACUAAUGUUUGUAACUGCGGAAGAAUCUGUUUUAAAUCUUCCUAGAAUGAUUAAUAAAUCAGUACCUCUUGCAAGAAAUGUUGUUAAGGGAAAUGGUGAGUGCGGUGCAUACACUGGUGUUGUAAAUGGUGUGUAUAUGCAAGGAAUGGUUGUUGAGCUGGAUAAAGAAGUAUGGCUAUUGCUAACAGAUCAGCAGCUUACUCCACCGCAUGCUCUCAGAGUGGGUGCUGUUAUAUCUGUAAGAAAUGUCCAUUUCGUGAAUCCAAAAUUUUCUUGGACAAAAAUGCUCAUUCUUGGUUCUUGUUUCAAGACCAGCAUUAUGGUAGAAUCCUUCUCACCAUUAGAAACUGGGUGUCUUACAGUGUCACAAUCUCAGAGCCUGUUGGGGAAGUUCAUCGAGUCCUUGGUAUUUUCUACUAGACUGUGGGCACUACUCAUUAUUUCAUGUUUCCGGAAAAUGUUUUCUGGAAUAUUAUCCGAAAAGGAGAUUUUGGGAUCAAAACAUAAUGUGGGACUAGUUCAAAAGUAUUCUAGCUUACAUUUGCCUUCUUCCAUGUUUCAAGCUCGGAAUGGAGUGUUCAGGGAAUUUUAUAAACAUGAAUCAUCUAGCUGUCAAAGUGAACCAAAUGCUGGUAAUCUAAAACCGGUGGUACCUAUCUCUACUUUCAUCCAUCACUGUGAGGCCAUGUGGGUAAAGGCACUUUUACAAUCAGAAGACACCUCUCCUGUGUUAUGCCAUGGGGAAUCUUAUAAACGGUUAAAAAGGAUAACUUUUCAAAGUGAAGACAUCAGUAUUACUUUGGUAGGAAGUUUAAAGGUUUCUCCAUCCACUGGAAGGCUGCAGUUGGCUGAUGUGACUGGCAGCAUUGAUGUUAUUAUACCAGACCUUCCAUCAGCUUGGAAUCCAAAUAGCAUAUUUGAGAUAGUUGACUAUGGUCUUAUUGUGGAAGGCAUACCUGAACCAGUCAAUAGUUCCAAGUUAAAUCAGAACAAGUCAUUCUCGUGCAGAAGCAUCUUUCAUUACCUCCCAUUGGCAAGAGGAAGAAACCUAGCAAUUUUUCUGUACUUCCACCUAAGUAAUGCAACCAGCAGAAAUCUUCCUUUUUAUCCUUCUGUGGAUUGUAAGGCUAAUCUCAAAGAAAUUGAAAAGGGAACAUUUCAUCUAAUCUGGAUUACCCAUAAAUUUCCUCUGCUGCAAAAGUUUAAAGGUGAUCUGGCAAUAUCAAAAAGGUCUAGUAUGUUUGUUGAGGCUAUAGUCUUACCAUGGUAUUUGUUUCUUGAUGGGAAAGAGAAAAAUAUAUAUCCAAAUAAGGUUUCAAGGGAUGAACUAAAUUCUGUCAGUGAAAACUGCCAGUCACGUCAUAAGAGGCGUAAAAUUGACCAUGCGUCGAGCAGGGUACUGGAUCCAAGUUUGACAGAUAAUUUUGGAGGUACUGGCAGUAAAAUGAGAAACUGUACUUAUGAAGAAGCUGGUGAGGAGAAGAGAUGUCUGGGCUUAAGUUUUUCUGAUGAAAUUCCAUGUGUAGCUACCAUAAGAGGUGUUAAAGAUUACAGCUUAGUUUGUUCAGGGAUAUUGUAUUGCACUAAGGCCAAUGUAAAAAUUGAUGUUAAUUGCAACUCAAAUGUCAAGGUCCUGCUGGAACUCAAUGAUGAAAGUUCUUUCAACUAUCAGUUGUUGCAGAUUGGUGGGUAUUACAUGAUUAAGCACAAUAUAGAAGACCCUUUCUGUAAUGUUAAGGACUCUGAUCAUAUCACUGGUGUCAAAAUUAUUAUGACUUCUACAACACCCAUAUGGAGCAUUUCAUUCUCCUCUGAAGUUCCUCCCAAUGAUAAAUCAAUUCUUGAUCCUUCAUUUCAAGAUUCUCCGCUCAGCAAUGACUUUGUUCUGCCAAGAGAUCAAACUGAACUUCUCCUGAAGGCCAGUGGUGAUUCUUCUAUACCUUUUUCAGAUGUUUGUCUUUGUGUCUCCACAGAUGUCAUAGGCCAUCUGAAGGAACUGGAAGAGAGCCUUAUUAGACCAGCUACAAGCCUAGAAGAGACUUCUAAACUUUCUACUUGCAGCUGUACCAUGGCAACUGCAUCUUUGCUUUCUUCUGGUCCUGAUUCUAAUUGCCUCUUUUCUGGGGGAAACUUAAUAUCCAUGUGUGGAGAUGUCAUUGCUGUUCACACUUUUGACGAAGGUACAGCAGAUACGUAUUUAAGCACUGAAGGUUCUGGUGAUCUUUCACACUUCAGAUUUUCCCACAAAAGCAGCACUUACUGUAUUCAUGUUUCAAUGGCCCAUCAAACUGUGAGGAUUUCUGGAUCUCUGGGCAAAAGUAGAUAUCCUACUGGAUUUGGACCAGGCAUAACUGCAACUUUUCAUAGGAUUAUUGAAAUGGGGGCUCCAGAUAAAUUAAUGUUAACCCCAGUAUCAUUUAUUGAGAUAAACUCAAUGAGGGUGUGCAGUGAACCAUAUAGUAAAAUUUGUUCAAACUUGUGGUCAACAGAUAUGUACAAUGUUGCCACUGAGAACUUAGUUUCUUCUGGUUUAAUUUGUCAAUUGAUUCAGCACUCAGGUGGAAAUCAAAAGCAUUUACGCUGCAGAGUUGUUGCUGUACACAUCCUGGUUCUGGAGAAGAUGAAUGGAAAGUAUAAUGAAUUACAGUCAAGAACUCAUUCCAGGCCCCUUCAUGUUAACAUUCCAAUUGCUGGUUUUGUUUUGGAUGAUGGGUCCUGCUGUUGUCGUUGCUGGGCUAAUGCUGCAAGAGCAGCUACCUUGCUAAGACUACAUGAAGAACUGCCUGAGAUUGCUCUCGAAAACAUUGGCUACAAAGCAAAGCCUUCCCAAUGCAACAAUUCCUGGUCCUCUUCCAUGUAUCAGCUUGAAAGAAUUUUGCAGAAGCAUGGCAGGAUUACAGUGAGGAACUAUGGUUCAAUGGUUGAUUAUUCUUAUCAAGAUCUUGUCAUUUCUGCUAGUUCAGAUGAUGCUCUAACGUGUUCAGAUGAGAACCUCCUCAAAUUCAUGAUACUUAAUGCAUGCUGUAGUACAGUUUGGACUGUUGUUGGUGGUCUGAUGGAUCCUGGUGCGGUCAGCUUCCUGGAGAAAGAACUUCAAGUAGAAAAGGAUAUGACAAUGCCUUCCAUGCCAAAUAUAUAUGCUAGAGAAGUUUGUGACGUAAAUUCUCUUUCUGAGGCCAGGGACAUUAUUCGAGAGCUUAUAUAACAGGUUAAGUGCUCAGGCCAUCAAUUGCUUGUUAGAUUUGACAAAAUAUUUUUGUUCCAUCAACAUACUACAAACAAUAAUAAUACAUAAUACCAAAUCCAAAUCGGUGGAAAUGCCAAAAGCAGUACCACUUGUUGUCUUUAUGUAUGUCAUCUGUUAACUCAAGAGACACUCUGAUUUCGUCCAUAUCUAUUGUCCUAUUACAUGGUAAAAAAAUAGCAAAGUUGGGUUAUUACCUUUCUGGUCGCUUUCUCCCUUUUGUGAUUUUAUGUAACAUAAGAACUUGUACGUUGCUUAAAUUGCAUGUGGCUCAUCACCUUUCUCUUAUACCUCAACUGAAUUUCCCUGUCUUUAAAUAUGUCAACACUUGAAGCAUUCUUUGCAUUGCUAGCAUCCUUCUACAACAGAUGACAGAGAUGCCAUAUUUUCUGGAGAAAAUAUAUAAGAUUGAGACGAACUUUAAGGAGUCUAUGAUAAUAUCCUCUUACGAUUCAUCCUGGACCAGAACAAUUACCAGCAUUCAUGGUCAUUUACAUUAUUCUCGGAUCAUAAUACUACUCACAAUUGUUUGGUAUCUGCUUUUAUAUUGAUUUUUCACUUAGCUGGCAGGGUUUUCAGAAGUAAUGUCAUCUGGGUGUUAUCCUGGAGUAGGCAGGGUAAAUGUUUAUGAACGUGGUAAGGUUUUAAAUGUGUUAUGAAUACAGCUUUUUAUGAGAC